UUUUAAAAAAUAUAUAGGUAGAAAGAGGUUUCCCUUUAAAGAGAAAAAUAUAUAUAUUUUCUCCCCUAGCUGUUUGCUGCCUUGAUGAAUUUCUGAAGCCAAAAGCUGGGUAGGGGUGGAUUUAGGGGUGGGAUUUUUGUUUUAUUUCCAUUCGCCCCAAUGGAGGAAGAAGGCCCUCCUGGGGAACUGCCGCUUUGACCAUGACAUGAGCUGAGAGAAAGGAGAGUGGGGGGAGAAAAAGGAUCCCAAGAGGUGAAGAGCCCAAGACGCUUCGGGAAAACACCAUGGCAUCGGAAGAGGCCUCCCUGCGAGCUUUGGAGAGCCUAAUGACAGAGUUUUUCCACAAUUGCACUACUAACGAAAGGAAGCGAGAGAUUGAGGAGCUCCUGAAUAACUUCGCUCAGCAGAUUGGCGCCUGGAGAUUCUGCCUCUACUUCCUGUCAAGCACAAGAAAUGACUACGUGAUGAUGUACAGUUUGACAGUGUUUGAGAACCUGAUUAACAAAAUGUGGCUGGGGGUCCCGUCUCAAGAUAAAAUGGAGAUUCGCAGCUGCCUGCCCAAGCUUCUUUUGGCUCACCACAAAACUCUGCCCUACUUCAUCAGGAACAAGCUUUGCAAAGUCAUUGUGGAUAUUGGUCGGCAAGACUGGCCGAUGUUCUACCAUGAUUUCUUCACCAAUAUUUUACAGUUGAUCCAGUCCCCGGUGACGACACCUCUUGGGUUGAUCAUGCUGAAGACAACAUCUGAAGAACUGGCCUGCCCACGGGAGGACUUCAGCAUCGCUCGGAAAGAAGAGCUGAGGAAGCUGCUUCUUGACCAGGUUCAAACUGUCCUUGGGCUCCUCACAGGUAUUUUGGAAAGUAUCUGGGAUAAAUACAGUGUUACUGCUGCCACUCCGCCACCGUCUCCAACCUCAGGAGAAAGUGGUGACCUCUUAAGUAGCCUGUUGCAGAGCCCCAGUGCAGCCAAGGUACUGAACCAGCCAAUCCCCGUUCUGGAUACGGAGAGCGAGUACAUCUGUUCCUUGGCGCUGGAGUGCCUCGCCCAUCUCUUCAGCUGGAUCCCUUUGUCAACAAGCAUCACCCCGUCCCUCCUGACCACCGUCUUUCACUUUGCACGCUUUGGCUGCGACACCCGAGCCAGGAAGAUGUCCUCCAUCAACGGCAGCAGCCAGAACUCUGUCUUGAAUCAAGAGCGUGGCCAGCUAGGGGUUCUUGCCAUGUCUUGCAUCAACGAACUGAUGUCAAAGAACUGUGUGCCUGUGGAGUUUGAGGAGUACUUGCUGAGGAUGUUCCAGCAGACCUUCUACCUCCUGCAGAAGAUCACCAAGGAGAACAACGCCCAUACAGUGAAGAGUCGGCUGGAGGAACUGGACGAGAGUUACAUAGAGAAGUUUACUGAUUUUCUGCGCCUCUUUGUAAGCGUCCACUUGAGGAGGAUUGAAUCCUAUUCUCAGUUCCCUGUAGUUGAAUUCCUUGCGCUGCUGUUCAAGUACACUUUCCAUCAGCCUAGCCACGAAGGUUACUUCUCCUGCUUAGACAUCUGGACUCUUUUCCUGGACUACUUGACCAGCAAAAUAAAGAGUCGUCUGGCAGAUAAAGAAGCUGUCCUCAACAGGUACGAAGACGCUCUGGUUCUCCUGCUGACCGAGGUGUUGAAUCGAAUACAGUUCAGGUACAACCAGGCCCAGCUGGAAGAACUGGACGACGAAACACUGGAUGACGAUUCUAGAACUUGGUGGGAGAGGAAAUUGAUGGAUAGCCUUAAGCUUUUGUCAUUGGUGUUCUCUUCUGUCCCCCCCCCUCCACAGUUUCCAGUUCUCCAAGAAAAUCUGGAUGUAUAUCUGGGACUCCAACAGUUUGUAGUCACCUCAGGGACAGGUCACCGGCUGAACAUCACGGCAGAGAACGACUGCCGGCGCUUGCAUUGCUCUUUACGAGACCUGAGCUCCUUGCUCCAGGCGGUCGGACGGUUAGCCGAAUACUUCACUGGGGACAUGUUCGCAGCUCGAUUCAGCGAUGCUCUGACUGUCGUGGAGAGGCUGGUCAAGGUGACUUUGUACGGAUCGCAGAUUAAGCUCUACAACAUUGAGACGGCGGUGCCCUCCGUGCUGAAACCUGACCUUAUCGACGUGCAUGCACAGUCCCUGGCAGCUCUGCAGGCGUACUGCCACUGGCUCGCCCAGUUCUACGGCGAAGUGCAUCGACACAAUCCAGAGCAAUUCAUCUCGCUGGUCUCUACCGCUCUGGAAGCGAUUACGCCACUCAUCAGCUCCAAGGUACAAGAGAAGCUCCUGUUGUCAGCUUGCCACCUGCUUGUCUCCUUAGCCACCACAGUACGGCCUGUCUUUCUGAUUAGCAUCGCAGCCGUGCAGAAGAUGUUCAACCGCAUCACUGACACCUCUGCUCAACGCCUUCCUGAUAAGGCUCAGAUACUCGUGUGCAGAGCCCUCUCCAAUAUCCUGCUGCUGCCGUGGCCAAAUUUGCCCGAGAGUGAACAACAGUGGGCCAUGCGCUCGACUAACCACGCCAGCCUAAUCGCCGCCCUCACCAGGGAUUACCGCAGCCUGAAAUCCAAUGCCAUCUUGCCCCAGAGGAAGAUACAGCAGGACGAUACGAAGGUGCUUAUCCAUCAGACACUGAGCGUGUUGGAAGACAUUGUGGAGAGCAUCUCUGGGGAAGCCACCAAGUCGCGCCAGAUCUGCUACCAGUCGCUGCAGGAGUCCGUGCAGGUCUCGCUAGCCCUCUUCCCAGCUUUCAUUCAUCAGUCAGACGUGACCGACGAAAUGCUGAGCUUCUUCCUCACCCUCUUUCAAGGGCUGAGGGUGCAGAUGGGGGUCCCUUUCACUGAGCAGGUCAUCCAGACGUUCCUCAACAUGUUCACCAGAGAACAGCUGGCCGAGAGCAUCCUGCACGAUGGGAGCACCGGCUGCCGAGUGGUUGAGAAAUUUUUGAAGAUCCUUCAGGUGGUGGUGCAAGAGCCCGGUCAAGUCUUUAAACCAUUCCUGCCCAACAUCAUCUCACUCUGCAUGGGGCAAGUCUACCCUAUUGUUGCUGAGCGUUCCUCUCCUGACGUGAAGGCAGAACUCUUUGAGCUGCUUUUCCGGGUCCUUCAUCACAACUGGCGCUAUUUCUUCAAGUCCAGCGUCCUGGCCAGCGUCCAGAGAGGGGCAGCGGACGAGCAGAUGGAGAACGGGGCCCAGUUCAGUGCCAUCAUGCAGGCGUUUGGCCAGUCCUUCCUGCAGCCUGACAUACACCUGUUCAAGCAGAACCUGUUCUACUUGGAGACGCUGAACACCAAGCAGAAGUUAUAUCAUAAGAAGAUCUUCCGGACAGCCAUGCUUUUCCAGUUUGUGAAUGUGCUGCUCCAGGUACUGGUUCAUAAAUCCCACGACCUCUUGCAAGAGGAGAUCGGCAUUGCCAUCUACAACAUGGCCUCCGUGGACUUUGACAGCUUCUACUCGGCUUUCCUCCCGGAGUUCUUAGCCAGCUGCGACGGGAUAGAUCCCAACCAGAAGAGCGUCCUUGGAAGGAACUUCAAAAUGGACAGGGACCUGCCCUCGUUUACGCAGAACGUGCACCGGCUGGUCAAUGACCUGCGCUACUACAGACUCUGCAACGACAGCCUGCCUCCGGGGACGGUGAAACUAUAGUUUUUGGACCUGGACUCCACCCGAAUCGCUGCCAAGAGGCCGAUCCGUACCCCUGGCGGUGAUGGCACUGCCUCUGCUCCUGGGUCUCACUGGGCCUGCAAGGGGCCGCCUCUUUUGUGGGGGGGGCAUGCGGAGUCGCGUGCUGAGCCCCGUCCGCCUUCCCUUCCACCUUGGCCCCCGCAGCGGAGUCAGCUGCACGGUGCCUUAACCACCACCACCCCCUGCGGGCCCGUCUCCUUCACUGGAUGUGUUGAGGUUCCUUGUUGUCUUAAUCCCGUGGCAUUCAGUGGCAUCUGCAGGUUUCGGUGACUAGUUUUGCGCAUCAGUCAUGAGGCAGAAGCACCAAAGAGGACUUUGGGUGUUCCCCCAUCUGCCCAUCAUUCCACCUGCCUGCCUGCCUCCCUUCCUUCCCUUCCCAUCCAGGAGACAUUUCCCGUCUUUUUUAAAUUGCCUUGACGUCUCCGUGCUGUUGGAGGGGAUCGAGAAAGAGACUGGCGGACUGGGUUUUCCCUCCCCCCCCUUUUUUUUAAAACAUUUUUCUCAUCAUUCCAUUGUGAUACUAAAAUGUGCUUUAAUGGAAAUAAAAUGCUUACUUUGUUGUUUUAAA